AUGGGGCAAGUCACGGAUCCCCAUACCAGUUACAUGAUCGGGGAGAUGGUUCCAUUCCAUGUCGACCCAUGGAUUAUCGUGGCGUCCUGGUUCGUUAGUUUUGUAGGCUCAACUGCCACCGUUGAGCUGCUUCAUCGCCGUGGCUCCGGUCAAGGCUGGCGCAACUGGCUACAACUCGGUGCCUGUUCCGUUUCAUUCGGUGUGGUCGGUAUCUGGUGCAUGCACUUUGUUGGCAACCGGGCAAUUGAGUUAGGCGACGGCUCCAAGGAGAUUCAACUUUACUACAGCCCAGGCUUCACUACGCUGUCUGUCUUUCUCCCCGUCAUCUUCCUCUUCCUGGGGUUUACCGUCGCCGAACGCUUCAACCGCACUGCACGGAGUCUCUACCUUUCACUUGGCAUCACGGGCAUAUUCGCCGGUCUCGCGAUCGUGGGCAUGCACUAUAUCGGAAACCUCGGAACCACCACCUACAGCUUGCAAAACGACUACCGCCAUAUUAUUGGCGCCGCGCUCAUCGCAACCUUCUCCUGCUAUGUCGCCAUCACUCUGUUCUUCCAUCAAAAGGAGCAAUGGAUCAACACGUGGGCGCGACGUAUCCCGGUUGCUGCGAUACUUGCGACCGCCGUCUGCGGCAUGCACUGGACAGCUGCUGCCGGUACAUCGUACAGGUUAAAACAGUUCUACCAUGGCAAUGAGCGCGCUAGAAACAAUAAUAUGAUCGUGGCCAUCUUCCUGUGUGUCGCGGCCUUGUGUGUUUGCUUCCUUCUCCUUUGGUUGACUUCUCGUCGCCGCAGACAACUGGCCGAUCGCGCUCAGCAUGUUGUCCUUGCCUCGGCUACGUUCGAUAUGGAUGGUAAGAUCUUGGUAACGCAGGAGGGUCUCCUCCCGUGUCAGAAGAUUACCAGGAAGUAUAACCAACGAUCUUUCAACGACGAGUUCAACGUGGCCCAUCCCGUCUUCCAAUGGAUCUUCCGCGUGACGCACAAUUGGGAUAGCGUAGCGGAAUUCAUUGGGAUUAUGAGACAACAUCUUCGCGCCGUGGGAAGCUUGAGGGACCCUUCAACUCCAACCAGCCGUGGAAAGACUUUACCCCAGGAAAAAGACGGACCACUGCCCGAAGUCGACUACUCGGUCAUUUUUCGUGAGCAUUUUUGCGUUGCUGCGGCGGAGCUCGCAUCCAACAUGGGAACCGACAUUCAGAACCUCGGCACUCUCUGGGAGGACAUCUUGAUGACCGGUACUACGGUUGCCGAAGUAAAGACAAAGACCGUUCGGCGAUCUUCCAAGGCACCGUCUGAGGAUGUUGAGGCGGCCGCGGGCUUGACCAUUCCAGCUCCUGCGUUGUUCGGACGAGGCCAACUGAUGUUUGUUGUCCGUCAGUUGCAAAAGAAAGAAGAGUGUGCGGAUCUCAUCGCAAGCGGCUACAGGUGGGCGACGAUCGACCAGGUUGGCGAUUUACUCUCCCGCAGCAUGCAGGUUUCGCGCUUGGAGUUGAGCAGGACGGUGGAGCGGCUUCGAAAGUUCAACUCCCGCCAGGAUGGACUGUCCAACCCAGGCACCUGGCUAGCCUUCUUUGCAAUGAGGCCGGCGUUGAAACCGUCGUCUGGCAGUUGGGAUGUUCUUGUACCAAAGGAUGAGCCUUAUCACCUUCCCAAAGUCAACAUCUCGGAGGAUGCUCCUCAAGAUUCUACUUUCCCAUUGCUUCAUCGAAUGAACAACCUCUCGAUCGCUGACUGCUUGCGCUUCCUCAACAGCGGCCUCAACGCACAGAAGACGGAAAAGGUCUGGACCGAGGACCAGGCCGCAUUCGCCGAAAGGAUGCGCGAUGGAAUCAACCAGCUGCAGCAAGCCGUCCCAGAGCAGUUCUUCCGAUCAGCGUUAUUCUCGGCACGUCCCAUGCGAGACUACACAGCCGGCACUCCCCGCCCUGGCACCAUUUUCUCUUUCUGCAUUAUUCCGGAUGUGCACAUAUCAUCGAUAAAGUCUGCUCAGCUCAUGUACACUCCACUCAGCUUCUUCCGCUGCCGUCAACGCAUUCACCGCGGUUCGCCUGAUCACGCCGUGCUUGCGCAUUGCAUACAUCGCGAGUUCAAUGAGAUCCGCGCUCAGCAGCAAAAGGACAAUGGACAGAAGGCCAGCAAGAUCGGCUCGUCACGCCCUCUGUCCCGCCAAAGUAUCGGAAUGCCUCGCUUUAGUAGUCGCAGUGGCCGCAGCAGCCCCAAGCCCAAGUCUGGAGGAUUGAAGUCGUGGCUCGGCGGCAUGUCUGGCGCCAACUCGCGUAGGGACAGCGGGCUUCAGCCGGAUAGCGCGUCAGAGCGCGAGCUGGUGUCGAUGGACGACAUGCUCAAGCGUAUAUCUGCUGAGACCUGCGAUCGCGACCGCGACCGCGACCGCAAUCGCAACCACAGCGUCAGUCUUCCCUACGGUGGUCGUUGCGGCGGCGGCGGCGGGCUCGGCGGCAUCAUGGUCAGCCAGGACAUCCGCAUCGAUGACGGCGGGAAGGAAGACUCGGUCAUGCAACUGACAGAGUUGGGUGUCCGGUCCGAGGCUGGCCAAGGGGGCAAGGAGGAGGAUACAUUUGCCGAUGAGCUGUUUGAGAUUACGAGUGCAGCGUGGAGGCGCUCGUAG